GAAAAACGUGGCCCAAGGUCUUUCAACAACAACAGCAACAACAACAACAAUGUAUUUAUUUAAAGAAAUAUAAAGUUUACAUAUUUCUUUAUGUCCUGCAAAUCGCUUUAAUUCUAAUUUAGGCAGGACAAGACUUUAAAUAAAGACGGUAUGAAAAAUAUAAAUACAUAAGAAAAAAAGAAAAGAAAAGGAAUACAAUAACAUACAGAAAGAAACACCUUACAUAUAAAUUCAAGUACAAGGGAAAUAUGUGAUGCGCUCUCUUAAUGGCCUGAAAGAGGAGGUAUGAUUAAAUAUUUUACCUUUAUUUUCUCUUUCAUUUUCAUAGAAAAAAUACAACAAAGUUCGUUACAAGGAUAUAGCAUUGUUCUGAUAUCCCUUCAAUUUUACUUUUUUUGACUGAACAGGUGCCCCGUCUUUUUAUCAACUUGGUCCCGCCAAUGGACGUGUCUCUACUUUCUUCCAAGUCGUUUUAAAUCAUGGGCUGGCGAGUGAAAUACAGAAUGUUUAGGUAACACUGCUUUGGCAUGGGGUGAUAUUAAAUUUGACCAUUUCAGCUGCCAAAGUUGCAUAAUUUUAAUCCAUUAUCUUGUUGUCUUGGGGUAGAUCGUUUUUAUUGAUCUGGGAAAAAGGUUGUUGACUGGUUUCAGUGUUCUCAGCUACAUGCACUUUGAUUUUUAAACCUGAAGCGGACAUGACUUCUGGGUUCAAAAACCUUUCACAAUUGUCAGAAAUUUAAACUUACUGUCAUUAAAACCAUUAGCAUGUGAUAUAUCAGAUUUGAGGGUAGGUAAGGUUACAGGUACAUAAUGUUUUCAAGAGUUGUGCAGUCAGUCUGGUACAUUUCUUGUGAACUGUAGUAUUUUCAGAAACUGUUGUUCAGUUUAUUAUUAAAAGUAGUAUUUUCUAUAAGUUAUUAUCCAUAACACUAUUCUGAACCUCUCCUUACCUUUAUACUCAAUGAAAUUGUUGUUGUGUUCUUUUCUUUAAGUUCAUGCCAGUGCUUGAAGAAAGGUGGCGAGGAGAGGGCCAAAAUUGCACAAGCUGUGAAAAAUUACAAGGUAACUGUUCGUGUAGUUCUAAUUAGGAUGAAAUGCCUGUUACAAAAUAAAACUUUGAAAAACCUUAAGAUCUCGUUUUUAAUAGUGGGUUAACAUCGUUUAGAAUUUUUGAUUUUCUUGUAGGAGGUGUCCUUGUGGUUAUUAACGUUUAUUUACUAGACUACGAGUAGUCCCCUAUUUUUCUACCCCACACGAGAAAAGGCGACACACGGCGGGGAGAGCGUGUCGCCUUUUCUCGCGUGGGGUGAUUUUCACGCGCGCUCGCGUUUCGCUCGCUCUACUAUCCCUGAGGAAAAAUGGGGGACUACUCGUAGUCUAUUUAUUUAAUUACCGUUUUUAGCACCUUUUGAGGGAUUUAGUAAGCAGUGGUCUUUAUGACACACAGAACAACUUCUUGCGGUGGUUAUUCAACCUGCUCUUCAACUGCCUCCGAGGUACAGCUGUACGGGAAGCUGCUCUUUUGCUAUUUAAUUAGUUUUCCGUUAUCUGAGUGUUCAUAGUCAACGUUGUCAGAAAAUAACUUAUGAUUGUUGCCCAGAUGUCGCUCUUGUAGUCUAUUGAUAUUUCUGGUAGUAAGCGGAGCUUGUUGAGCAUGAUUUUGGGAAAAGGCCGAGGGCUGCUCUUUUGGCUUUGUUUUUCACACAUCUCUAUAUAUACCCAACUAAGGAUCCUGUUCACGGAUUAAGACGGACUUAAAAGAACGUUUUCACCUUCGUAGCCAGCGUCUAUGAAAAUGUCUUGGAAAAAAGAAAGCUUUUACGUAAGAAAGGAGUUAAACUCCAUCAGGAUUUGUUUGGAAGACCAACAUGGCCGCUGUUUCAUUGUUUUGAGACACCAAUAUGGCCGCCGUGACGUCAUGUGAAAAAGCUAUAUAGUUCAAGUAUCUUGCACCAGCGCGGGAGCGGGACUUUAAAUACCUUCUCUUUGAUACUCCCCUUCCCCCACUUAAAGCCCGCUUUAAACCAUAGUCUCUUCUUUAAAAGGGCAUUUAUGUGGCUUCCCACGGGUCCACCAGGGCUCGUUAUCAUCCAGCAAAGCCAGAAGUUUUGAAUCAUUAUCUUUACCCUUUCUUCUUGCAGGAUGGCAAGUUAGUGGAGGAAUUCUUUGGUCUGGACUGUCUGCACUUUUCAGCACAGGGCCAUGCGGCAGCAGCUCUAGCCUUAUGGAGAAACAUGGUAUGGUAUUAUCUAUAUAUUAGACUGCAAAACAGUCGGUUUUUUUCUCAAAAUCAGUAGAGAAAUCGGUAAAGCGUGGCGUAAGAGUCUUACGCACACGAAGUGUGCGAGCCUCACACGCUCUCUCCCCAGUCUCGCUCUCUGUUUUCAGCCUCGUUCCAGACCUUUUGUUUAACUGCUUGCGCGUACUUGAAUAGACAAAAAUAGUCACAAAAAUACGGACUGUUUUGCAGUCUAUCUAUAUAUCUACGCCUAUGCUCUUUUCUGUCUAUGCUUUCCUCUUUCGUUACUUUCUUUUAUAGAGAUAGAAGUUCUACAAGUAAUUUUACUAAUUUAAUGUGGUCAUUGCACGCGUGCUGAACAAGAAUGCUGUAUAAUGACAGACAAGAAACAAUAGACAACUCCCAAAGCACAAAGUCAGCCAAAACGCUAAAAAUCUUCAAUGUUUACUCAAGUUUGGGCUUAUAGAAGAUAAUGUCACAGUUUUUCAAUGACCAUGAAAUUCAGAGUCUGGGUAGUUAGUUAACCAAAUGUGGCCCUGAAAAAAUUUGAAGGAAAAAAAACUACGAAUUUUUAAGAAAAUGCUUUUUUCGUGAGAAGGACUCUUAAACGCUGACGAACGUCAACUAAUAGCGAAAACUAUAAUUUCUAUAUGUUUGCUUUGCUCGAAAUCGCGCGCAUUUACAAGGCCCUAAAGCGUUUUGCUGACUUGCAAGGACCCAUCUGUUAUAACGAUGCCCAAAAUAAAGGGAUGAAUCUCUUAGUUUAUUAGAUAUAAUCCGUGUAAAGUUUGCUUAUCAUCUUCGCAUAAAUUAUGACCUAAAUUUGGAAACCGCUGAAUUUCUCGAAUUGGGUCUUUGCGAUUUUGGUGAAACUCUGUUCAGCGCAAGGCACUAAUGCGCACCAUGUGUAGCCGAGAGAUUUUCACGAAAAAAAUGCCGGCAACAGCAGAUUUUCGACUCAGACCUCAAAGGGGCGUGGCAUUAUAUCCACGUGACACUUACUCCGAUCGCCAAAAACUUUAUGUUAUAUUGUAGAUUGAUCUAUAUGUUAUCCAUUCCAUGUGUUAGACGUACGAUAAAAGUAAAGGUGGGGAUACCAGAGAGCUUCAAAGUAGGAUGGUACCCCCCCCAAAAAAACUGGGUCGAGUCACCUUAAUUCAUGUCCAAAACAAAUGGUCUUGUCUCAAUGUAGUUAAUCAGUGAAAAGUCAGAGUAAGUGUUGUAAACCCGAUUUGUCCACCUGUAGCCGUCUACCUCUCCACUAUAAAAGCCGGCACUUCCAAAUGUUUAUGUUAAGUGCCUUGUCAAACCAAUUAUGUUUGUUCUAAAAAGUAUUCCAUAAACAUUUGUCAUUUUUUUCGAUACAUCGUUGAAUGUGACGUAAAUGUCUCAAGCGAGACCUUUAAGGAGUACCCCAGACCAGUGAAUGACUUUAAUGCCGACUCCUCUCCAUUACAGCUUAUUACUGUAUUGGUGUCAGAGAUACCAACAUAACGAACAUUUCUUUAAUACGGGCCUUGGUUCUGUCCAUGGCAUAGGGUUGACUAAUAUUUUUUAUUAUUUUUUUGGCUUCAGGAAAACCCCUACUUAUUCACCAAAACAAACAGUAACACUGUUAUGAGUAAACUGAUCAGUGACGAUGACCAGGACUCCACCUCAGAUGACUUCCCUCCUGCGGCUGCUGUAGCGUUAGCUGUGUGUUUAACAGCUGUUGUGGUGAUUGUUGUUGUUUUUGUGUGGAGAACCCGGAAGUCAAGACGAAGACCAGAAGCAAGAAAACUUCUCUAUGCUCCCGGGCCACACAAACCAAGGAUU